GAAAAGUCUCAACUUUCCCGGCCACAAAACACUCAGAAAAAGCACUGGUCACUCGUCACCAUUAAGAAGAAGAAGAAGAGCAAGAAGAGCUGGAAGAAGAGGAACAGCGAUUCGCUUCUCUAAUCCAAAAAUGCCCCAACAUGCGAGUGCUCCGCCAAAUCCACGCUCGCAUCCUCACUCGUGUCCUUCCCAUCUCAACCCUCUCCUUCGCUCUCUCCAAAAUCGCCGCCUUCUGCGCUCUCUCUCCCCUUGGCGACAUCUACUACGCGCGCCGAGUUUUCUCUCUUAUUCCGAACCAGAACAUAUUCUCUUGGAAUUCAAUGAUAAGGGGUUGUUCCCUAAUCGAGAACCCUUCAAGGGAACCCGUGUAUUUGUUCAGAAAAUUGGUUAAAAGAGGGUACCCGUGUCCGAACUCCUUUACCUUCGCCUUUGUUCUCAAGGCGUGUUCGAUUGUAACGGCCUUCGAAGAGGGUCGCCAGAUACAUACGCGUUGUUUGAGAUCUGGGUUCGGCUCGAGCCCAUUUGUUCAGACCGCGUUGGUCAAUUUCUAUGCGAAAUGCGAACAUAUAGGGCUUGCGAAGAUGGCGUUUGAUGAAAUUCCUGAGAGAAAUUCGGUUGCAUGGAGUACAAUGAUUAGUGGGUAUGUGAAAGUUGGUUUGUUUAAUGAGGCAUUGGGUCUUUUUAGGGAAAUGCAGAAGGCGGGUGUUGAACCAGAUGGGGUUACGUUGGUGAGCAUGAUUUCUGCUUGCGCUGGAGCGGGAGCUCUGGAUAUUGGUAGGUGGGUUCACGCGUACAUGGAGAAGCAGAUGAUUGAUGCUAAUCUUGAACUUAGUACUGCACUCGUUAAUAUGUAUGCCAGGUGUGGGUGUAUUGAAAGAGCAAAGGAAGUUUUUCAUGAAAUGCCGGUGAAAGAUACCAAAGUUUGGAGUACAAUGAUUGUGGGGUUGGCGGUCAACGGGCUUUCAGAAGAUGCUUUGGAGGCCUUUGCUAGGAUGGAAGAAGCCAAGGUGAAGCCCAACCAUGUAACAUUCGUUGGUGUCUUAUCUGCAUGUGCACAUGGUGGGCUAGUUUCAGAAGGUUGGAGAUAUUGGUCAAGCAUGCUUGAAUCUGGAAUUGAACCAUCAAUGGAGCAUUAUGGUUGUAUGGUUGAUCUACUCUGCCGAGCUGGUCUUGUUCAUGAGGCCUGCAAUCUUGUUGAGGACAUGGCCGUGCCACCGGAUCCAGUAAUUUGGCGAACAUUACUUGUGGGUUGCAAGAAGAAUAAGAUGUUGGAUAGAGGAGAAAUUGUAGCCGAGCAACUUCUAGAACUAGAACCACUAAAUGCGGAGAACUAUAUACUCCUCUCAAAUUUCUAUGCAUCAGUUUCUCAGUGGGAGAAGAAGAGCCAAGUGAGAAAGAAGAUGAAGGAGAAAGGCAUCAAGGCGGUUCCUGGCUGCAGCUCCAUUGAGGUUGAUGGAUUUGUGCAUGAGUUUGCAAUGGGUGACUGGUCCCAUCCAGAGACAGAGGAGUUAGCAAAAAUUCUGAAAGAUAUUGCUGAAAGGGUUCGUGAAUUUGGGCACAAACCAUGGAUUUCGAAUGUACUACACAAUGUGGUUGAUGAAGAGAAAGAGAGUGCUCUUGAUGAGCACAGUGAGAGGUUAGCCAUUGCUUAUGGGCUAUUAAAGACGAAAGCACCGGCUGUAAUUAGAAUAGUAAAGAAUCUAAGAGUUUGUUGGGAUUGUCACGAAGUGACCAAGAUUAUCAGCAAAAUCUAUGAGCGGGAAAUCAUUGUUAGGGACCGAGUUCGAUUUCACAAGUUCGUCAAUGGAACUUGUUCUUGUAGGGAUUUCUGGUGAACAUCAAUAUUUUGGAGUUUCCUUGCAUUUUUCAGACAACCACUUGCCCUUGAAGGUUAUCAUUUCAUUUAUGAUUUCUCGAAUGGCAAAAUCCUCCUUAUUUAGGUACUUUGCAUGAGGUUCACAUGUUACUCUCAAGAGCUUAUUUAACGGCGUAGCAAUAAAAAUUAUUAUUAUAUAUAUAAACACUUUAGAGUAAGUAUUUGAAAGCAUAUGUAACAUUUCUCUUAAUAAAAUAUAAUGAAGCACAUCAAUAGAAGUCCAAGUUCGAUUCCUCACUAUAUUUUUAGAUUGCUUAGUCAAUCGAGUUCUUCCUUGUAAACCAAGGUUUGUUUCUUUCAUUUUUCUAAGAA